CACCGUAACAGAUGUGGAAGUAUUUAUGGAGAACCAGCGCGUUUCUUUGACUUUCCGACUUGCUUUCCAGCCACUCAGGUGACGAGUGUUUUCCCAGAGUCCUUCGUCAAUUCACUUGUUGAUGUACUGUGUUGUGCUACAUCUAACGCAUCGCCAUGGCCUCAAAUCAUCUGCAAGUUCCCUGGUCAUCCAGUCUCAGAGUUGUGCGGAAUUAAACCUCCCUUCAAGUUACACUUAAUAUAAUUUCCCUUGCCGCUGAAUGCCUCGCCGCUAAAUGUACUGAUUUUAAGGGUGUAUAUAUCGGAUGUUCCCGCAUUAUGCAUGGGGCCAACUACUGGUGAUUCGUCCAAGCAGUGGCCGGGGUCUGCUCAGCUGAGGGCGACCUUCCACUUUCGCCCCUUCUAUAUAUAUCGGUCGUCUUGAUCGAUACAGUAUCUAAUGAAUUUCUAGCCCCAUUCCUGCAUUGACUUCACCUCGCAGAACUUCUUGAUCACGGCCUGCUCUCUCUGCCAAAUCGACAUGGUUAACAAGACUACCCAAGCGACGGGAUUAUCCACUGGGUUAGGGAAAACGGGAUUCGCCCUCAAUUUCCUUUUCACAAUUAUAGCUAUCGUUUCAUUUUGUCUCAGGGUGUGGGUCAAGAUUACUACCAAACGAGACACGGCAUCGCACGAUGUUCUCAGUUUCGGCGCAGUGGUAUUCGCGCUGGCUUUCUCCAUCGGCUAUUCCUACUGCAUACACUCGGGGGUGAUAGGUCUACACAUGACUGACGCGAUCUACACCGAGCCAAAUGUACAAAAAACAACCUACAAACUGUUCUUCGUUGCGGGGUUUAUAUGGAUCCUCUCCACAACCCUCGUAAAACUCUCCGUCCUCCACCUCUACCGCCUCAUCUUCCUAGGCGAACACCGCGCAUACAUCCAAGGACGUCCCUUCAAAUACGCCAUCAACACUCUCUACACUCUAUUAAUACUAUUCUGCAUCAGCCAUAUCCUCCUCGCGCUCCUGGAAUGUCAGCCUAUAGAACGGCAGUGGAAUAAGAACGUAAAUGGGCGGUGCACGGAUACGUAUAAGCAAAAUCUCGCAGAUACAAUCACCAACAUGGUGCUUGAUUUGCUGGUUAUCGUUUUGCCCAUGCCGCUUCUUUGGCAGCUUCAGAUGCCGAUGGCCACGAAACUCAAGGUCUGUGGGAUUUUUGGGCUGGGGCUAUUCAUAUGCGCGACGAACAUCGCGAGAGUCGUCGUUAUCGCUUCGACCAGAGGAGCCGAUGUCACGUAUAAUCUAGUGCAUAUUGGGUUACUUUGUAGGCUGGAGAUCUACUUGGGGAUUGUUGCGGCGUGUUAUCCUUUGUUCAACUCUGUUCUUUUUCGAAGAAGGAAGAUCGCGAGUCACCACGCAAAACGGCCUUUCUUUUCCUUCAACAAUACGAUUGGUGGUCAGCAGAGAAACAGAGGCGUCGACGAUGGGUUUUCAACCUUGCGGACUGUAGGGGAUGACGAUGUGUCUUUGCGCGGGUAUGAGCGUACCGAUAUACCUGGGGCAUUUAAUUCAGAGUUGGUCUACCAGGGUAACGGUGAGAUGUCAGUGGUGAAGUAG